UUUUUUCCUUUUUUUUUCUUUUUUUUUUUUAUUUUUUUCUUUCACAUCAUUUAUACGCAUAUUAUAUAUAGUAUAUUAUGGUAGUGACCUUUCUACUGAUACUUUUAUACUUUGCAGUAGCUGUUACCAUACUUUUGACUAUUCUAUUAUAUGUCUUUCAAUGUGAUCUAUUAUACGCGGCAGGGUUCCCCACUGGUUCCAGAUCAGUUGUGGCGAAACCUUCACAGUAUGGAUUACCAGAUAAAGAAGUCAUUCUAAUGACAAAAGAUGGUGUCAAAAUACGCAGUUAUGUCAUGAUACAACGUGGAGAAGAAGUCGCUAUACAAUCGCCCACUAUAUUAUGGUUUCACGUAAGUUCUUUAUUACACGUAUAUUAUUAUAUAUUUAUAAUUUGAUUAAAAUUAUUGUUAUUAUUAUUUAUUUUGUAUCUUAGUCACAUACUGGAAAUAUGGUAAAUUGAAAUAGAUUUAAUAAUAAAAGGUAAACAACUAAAUAUUCAACAAUUUAGGGUCAUCGACUUCC